AUGGCGGGCACCUCUUCUAAGCCCUCUACGUUCACAAGCUCCUGUGAUUCCCCACAGAACUUCGGGACGGGCACUAGGAUUGUCACCCUUUUAUGGACGAGAAAGCAGAGGCACAGAGACGGACGGGGCCCCUCGACCCCACCCCACUCCCACCCCAAGCCACGAAUCUCAGACGCGGGACCACCUCCCGCGGCGUCCUCCCCGUGCCCGCCCGCCAGGCCCCGGCCACGUACCGCGCUCUCUGCGGCCAGAAAGCCCGAGCGACCCGCCGGAAGCCCAGGUAGGCCGAGCCCGCCCGCUUCCUCCGCCGCCACCGGCGUUUCACCAACCGCGACGCUCGCCGCGCGCUCCGGGCGCCGCCAUCUUCUCGCCCACGUGACCGGCCCGGACGGCACCAACGCCGCCCUAGGGGGAGUUCCCGUCAAAGUCCCCGCGGCGGCAGAGAGGUCUGGAAGCAUCAGUCGGCACCGGUGCCACAGCUCACACUUACACACCAUAUGGGGUCCAAGAACAUCCCUCAGACUGGGCCUUUGGCCCGAAGCCGGACCAGCGGGACGCCCCCCAGGAGCUGCGCACGAGCCUGGAGGGCGAGGACCUGGAGGGGCUGGACGUGCAGCUGGCCCUGGCCUGGCAGGGCGACGAGGACCCCGCCGCAGACCCGGGCCGGCCGGCCAUCACCUUCAAGGACCCGCCCACUCGGAGCUCCUUCUGGAGGCUGAACUGAGCCGGGCCCUGCCCUCUGGCCUGGGACCCGGCUUCGAACCCCUUUGGCAGUUGUGCAGACGGGACUCGUGUGCACAGAGUCCCUUGUUCCGCUGAUCUGUCCUGUCCUGGCACAAAACAUUCUCUCUCUUGGCUGCCGGAGUCCAGCGUUUGGUCGCUGGCACUUUCCCCCUGUUUCCCCCUCUUCCCCAGAGCCUAAUCCAGCCUGGCCUUCACCAAGAAGACUUUUUGAAAGUUGUAAUCAUGGUGGCCAACCCUGACCUAGUGCUCAGUACCCGCCUGCUCCUGUGUCCAGGGUCCUUUUCCGUGUAUUGUCUCAUUUGAUUCUCAUGGGCAGGACUUACUGCCCCCAUUUAACAGAUGGGAAAAUGGAGGCAGGAAGCCCAGAAA